AUGCUUGUCACAGAUGGCUCCCUGGUGGCCGCCAUAUGGGCAGUGCUCCAUCCUAGGACUCUGCUGCUGGCUGCUGUCACUUUCCUUUUCCUGACCAACUACCUAAAAAACAGGCGCCCCAAGAACCACCCUCCAGGGCCCUGGCGCCUGCCCUUUGUGGGCAACUUGUUCCAGUUGGAUUUGGAGCAGACACAUCUGGUGAUUCAGCAGUUUGUGAAGAAGUAUGGAAACCUAAUUAGCCUGGAUUUUGGUAACAUCACCUCAGUGGUCAUAACUGGACUGCCCUUAAUCAAAGAAGCUUUCACUCAAAUGGAGCAAAACUUUUUGAAACGUCCCAUUACACCACUCAGAGAACGUGUCUUUAAAAACAAUGGAUUGAUCAUGUCCAAUGGCCAGACAUGGAAGGAGCAAAGAAGGUUCGCACUAAUGACACUCAAGAACUUUGGAUUGGGGAAGAAGAGCUUAGAGCAGCUCAUACAGGAGGAGGCCCUCCACCUUGCCGAUGCCAUAGGAGAGGAGGAAGGACAGCCUUUUGACCCUCACUUCAAGAUCAACAAUGCAGUGUCCAAUAUCAUUUGCUCCAUCACCUUCGGGGAGCGUUUUGGGUAUAAGGACAGUCAGUUUCAGGAGCUACUGAGAUUAUUAGAUGAGGCCACAUGUUUGGAAGCAUCAAGGAUGUGCCUGCUCUACAAUGUCUUUCCAUCCAUAAUGAAAUAUCUUCCUGGAUCACAUCAAACAGUUUUCAGAAACUGGGAAAAGCUGAAAUUAUUUGUUUCCCAUAUGAUGGACAGUCACCGGAAAGAUUGGAAUCCUGAAGAGCCAAGAGACUUCAUUGACGCUUUCCUUACAGAAAUGGCAAAGCAUUCAAAACACAAAACUACAAGUUUUAAUGAAGAAAACCUUAUCUGCAGCACUCUGGACCUCUUCUUCACUGGAACCGAGACAACAUCCACGACACUGCGCUGGGCUCUGCUCUACAUGUCUGUAAACUCAGAAGUUCAAGAAAAAGUGCAGGCUGAGAUUGACAGAGUGAUUGGCCAUGGGAGGCAGCCAAGCACAGCUGACCGAGAGUCCAUGCCCUACACCAAUGCUGUCAUCCAUGAAGUGCAGAGGAUGGGCAACAUCAUCCCUUUGAAUGUUCCCAGGGAAGUAACAGUAGAUAGCACACUGGCUGGAUUCCACUUGCCUAAGGGAACCAUGGUCCUGACCAAUUUAACUGCUCUACACAGGGACCCCAAAGAGUGGGCCACUCCAGACACCUUCAAUCCAGAGCACUUUUUGGAGAAUGGUCUGUUCAAGAAGAGAGAAGACUUUCUGCCAUUCUCAAUGGGAAAGAGAGCUUGCCUGGGAGAACAACUGGCCAGGUCUGAGCUGUUCAUUUUCUUCACUGCUCUCAUGCAAAAAUUUACCUUCAAACCCCCAGUUAAUGAGAAGCUGAGCCUGAAGUUCAGAAUGGGCCUGACCCUUUCCCCAGUCAGUCACCGCAUCUGUGCUGUCCCCAGACUGUGAUGCUGGAGAAGGAACGAGAAAAGAAAAGAAAAGAGAAGAGAAUAGCUUGCACUUCAAACCCACUGAUGUCUACAUACACAGGAGGAGACAGGAUGAAGGCAACUGAGGAAAGAUGGGAGGAUUGGAGAGAGGAAAUUGAAUCAGAGUCCUAGACUGCUGGACCUCCAAGUUGAUACUGGUCAUAGGAUUUAGGAGCUCAUAAAAGUUGCUAAAAUAAUAA